AUGUGGCCCCGUUUGGAUCUUAAGUGUGGAUCUCAACCACAGGCCCUAUGUUGGCUGGUAUCUAUGCUACAUGCAUUUGUCCGGGAGACUCCUCCCUUCAGCGGCGUGAAUUCCACUGCCAAUCACUCAGCUUGGAGCCCACCUCGCGUCCAGUAUGGCACUCCUGGAGUGAAAGCUUCAUUUGACUAUAUUGUGGUCGGCGGUGGUACUGCCGGCGUCACUCUUGCUGCGCGUCUGGCCGAGGCAAACUACAGCGUGGCGCUUGUGGAGGCCGGCGAUUACUACGAAAUCAAAUUCCCGCUCAUGAAGAUUCCAGUGGCCACUGCGAUCGGCGUCGGAUCCGAUCCAGAUGCGAAAACACCCGUCGAUUGGGGGUUCAUAGCCAAGGGCGUCCCCGGCGUCAAUCAUCGUGAUAUCCACUUCGCCAGAGGGAAAUGUUUGGGGGGAUCACCGAAUGUUGGCGCCAUGCAACGAUGGGCUGAUCUUGUUGAUGACCAAAGCUAUGUGUUUGACCAAGUACUCCCCUUCUUCAAACGAACUAUCCAAUUCACGCCCCCCAAUGAGUCCCUUCGAGACGAAAACGCCACGGCUGAAUAUGACGCAGAUGCUUUUGAGGACGACGCUGGGCCAGUGCAAGUCUCAUAUCCCAAUUCUGCAUCGUCAUUUGCUACAUGGUUAAGCCUUGCAUUCGAGUCGAAAGGCUUCAAAGAGGCACAAGGCUUUAGCCACGGGUCUAUAUUGGGCUCUCAGUUUACACCAUUCACUAUUGGGCCUUCUCAUCAGACACGGAGUGGUUCCGACUCAUUUCUGUGGAAUUCUUGGACACCUUUCCUCAGCCUCUACAAAAACACCAUGGCAAAGCGGAUAUUGUUCAGCCCUCAGAAGCAGGCCAUCGCUGUUGAUGUCCAGACCUUAUUGACGGAAUAUACUCUUGCCGUCAAUAAGGAGGUAAUCCUCUCUGCCGGCGCUUUUCAGAGCCCACAGCUCCUCAUGGUCUCAGGGAUAGGUCCCGAAAGCACGCUGGACGAGUAUGAGAUUGAGGUGAUCGUUGACCACCCGGGAGUCGGUCAGAAUUUGACCGAUCAUGUAUUCUUUGGGCCGACACAUCAGGUCUUACUCGAAACUCACACCAGACUAGCAACGGAUCUAAAAUAUCUGCUGAGGGAAGCAUUCAAAUAUGUGACAUCCCACACUGGGGCGUUCACAAAUGCUGGUGCCGAUUACCUAGCGUUCGAAAAAUUGCCAGAAAGCGCUCGAAAGACAUUAUCGAACCGGACGAAAAGCGAUUUGGCGUGGCUUACAAGUGAUUGGCCUGAGGUUGAGUAUUUCUCAGCAGAUGUAUAUCUUGGAAACUUCUCCAACCCCAUACUUUCGCAGCCCAGAGAUGGAAACCAGUAUGCAUCCAUAGCGGUCGUGCUUGCAGCACCGACAUCCCGCGGGAAUAUCACCAUCCGUUCCACCGACACAGCCGACCUACCCGAGAUCAAUUUGAACUGGUUAGAUACAGAAACAGACCAGGAGGUAGCAGUGGCUGCUUUCAAGAGAGCUCGUGAUGUAUUUCAGAGUGAGGCCAUGCGGCCUGUUCUUGUCGGCGAUGAAUUCUUCCCGGGCAGUGAGUAUCAAACGGAUGAAGAGAUUCUCGACAUCAUACGCAAUGCAGCGAUGACCUUGUACCAUCCGGCUUGUACAUGCAGAAUGGGCACUGAAGAUGACCCCAUGGCUGUGGCCGUUUGGAAAGUCAAUGUGGCGGCAUUUGGAUUGCGAAAGACUGGAUGA